AUGGCAACUCCAAUAUACUACGCAUCCUUAGCAGGUCUCCAUUAUACAGUAGAAUUGCCGCUAGGUAAAGGUGCCGAUGUCAAUACAGAGGGCGGGGAGCUUGGGAAUGCUCUCCAGGCGGGUCCUAUGGGAAUGCUCUCUAGACUGCUUCUGCUGGAGGGCUAUAAUAAGACCGUGCAGCUGUUACUAGAGAAAGGUGCCGAUAUCAAUGCAGAGGGCUGGUUCUACGGGAAUGCUCUCCAGGCUGCUUCUUCUAGAGGCCAUAAUGAGUUCGAGCAGCUGUUGCUAGACAAAGGCGCCAACGUCAAUACACAGGGCGGGGAACAAGUUUAA